AUCAAGAUGGCAGCCAAAUAAAUGUGUUCACAAUGUGUGCAAAGACAAGAAUAGUAGUCAAGUUAAGUUGAGCAUAAUAAUUAAUGGCAUCAGAUUGUUUCCCAGAAGAUGUAUUACAAAGUAUUACCACAGGUGAGGGAGUAAAUGAAACCGCAAUUGAAGCGUCAGUGAUUAAUGAUGUCAAUUUGGGUUCACCUGUAUAUAUUAACUCAGUGUAUACAGAUGAUGAUAAAUUUCCAUUUAAAGAAAAUAUAACCCAGGUAUAUACAAGCCAAAGUGAAGGUAUAAAUCAUGUUAAACUUUGUGAGGCACCACCUGUAGUAGAUUUUAAUAUUGCAAAUUCUGUAAACAACAGUAAUUCUGCAGUAAAUGAAGUACCAACAUAUUCUACAUUAAGCCUUCAAGAGAUAAAAAAUGUUCUUCAUCAGAUUGACGAACAGGGCCAAAGUUGCUCAACUCUUCCUGGGAAUGAAAAAAUUGCUGAAGAUACUGUGCUUGAUGACAUACUAAAUAAGAUGCUACAAAUUGAACAAACCAAGAUCCCUGACAAUAUGGAACAUUUUUCACCAUUUACAGAAACAAUUCAUGACACUCAUGAAAUAAACAGCACACAGGCACCUCAGCCGCCCCAAAAUGCACAGAAUUUAAAUUCACUUCAAGAUUACAUAAAAAGCUUUCAACCCGAUCUUGAACAGAGUUGUAACUCCAAUGCUGUAGAAAAUUUGAGUGAAGGUGGAAAUCUUGUCGUUGAUAAUGACCAAGUUGGGAUUGUACAUCUACAAAACGAUCAGAUAUCAGAAUUAUCAAGAUUUGACAAUGUUAUUGUUGUUAACGAAGAAAUUAUAUUAGAUGAAGUUGAAAAGCUCGACAAAAACAAUGAUAUCAAACUUCAAACGAAGAAAGGGAAUGCAAUAUCAGUGAACCAAACGCAUCAAAAGUAUAAUGCAACAUCUUUAAAACAAAACAGUUCAAAAAGUGUUAUUAUUCAACAAGAUACACUUAAACAGCUCCUAGAUAUUGUUGUACAAAGCCAGUCUGAAAUGGUGAUACCUUCAAAAGUGAAAAAAACUUUACCUGAAAAAACAAAUGCCUUACAUUGUGGCUACUGUAAGCUUCGGGUUCCCACAGAAGACUGUUUAAUAAAGCACAUGAAAAUGUUUCAUCUCGAGAAAAAGAAUCAGCAGAAAGUGUGUGGGUUUUGCAAUCAGACUUUUCAAAAUAAAGCUAAAUUACAAGACCAUGUACUGGCUGUACAUGCCAUUAAAUCUGAUUCAUUAGAAUGUGUGAUAUGCCACAAACAUUUUAAAUCAAAAAGCAGCCUGAGACGCCAUGAAAAGACUCACGCAGAUGUAAAGCGUUAUCAAUGCCCCUUUUGUGGUCUGUUCUUUAAAGGUGCACAACCUAUGAUACAUCACAUGACUAUUAGCCACCCAAAAGCUGAUAACAAGAAAUUAUUUACUUGUUUAACUUGUAACAUAUCUUUUACCUCAGAACAGCUUUUUGAGAAACAUAUUUAUUGGAAACACAGCCAAAAGAAAAAUCAACAUCAAUCUGCAGUUCAAAGUAAUAUUGUCUCUUCCAGUACCAGCAUUGAUGGGGACGAAGAUUAUACUGUGGAUAAUGAAACCCCACCUUGUUAUCAGUGUUUGAAGUGCAAUGUAAUGUACAGUCAUGCAGAUAACAUUUUGGACCAUAUUAAUAAUGUACACAAAGGACAGUUCGACUGCCCACAGUGUACUUGCCAUUUUUUAUAUUAUUCAGAAUUUGAAAGGCAUUUAAAAGAUCAUUUAAAAAUACAUGAUGAUAAGUUAAGUAAAAGUUCCCUGUCUUGUAUGAUUUGUAACAUAGAAAUAUAUUGCAAGGAAGACAUAAUCCAACAUAUUCAAAGUCAUCAGAUUUGUAAACAGUAUAAUGAUCCAUCAUCUUCCAAGUUGUCCAGUUUUACCUUAAAUGAUAUUGAUUUUUUUACUGUCGCAUUACGUAGUGGGUUUGGUACCAAAACAGAUGAGAUAGGGAAUGUUUUUGAUUAUAAGGCGUUAUCAGCGUCUUUUAGAUUGUGGAAAAAAAGAUUGGUCAGUCACCACAAAGGGGUGUUUCAAAUAUGGGAAAAUGUUUUGGAAUGUAAUAAGCAUAUUCUUUAUGAAGAUGUCAUAGUUUGUUUACUUUGUUGUGAAGAGGUAUUAAAGUCAAACUUCGAAAAUCAUAUAAAAAGUCAUAUUGAUGAUAUUGAACGUUCUUCUGUAAAUAAACCAAAUGUUGAUAUUGAUGAAGAUAAACCAAACUCUGUAAAGCCAAAUAAAGGUAAGCCAAAGAGUAAUGAUGCACAGAAAACCAAAAGUAAAGCAAAAAAAGGUAAAAAGAAGAAGAAGAAGAAUGGAAAAGGAAAAACCAGUUUGGAUUUGCUUGCUGAUGUGGCAGGAAAUGUUGUGAAAGUUACCUCUACUAAAAUGAAAAGAAAUUUAGUUUCUGAUGAAAAAACUUUCAAUGAGUUAAAUUCUAAUUGUCAAGGUGAAACAAAAUCUAAAAAGAUUGGUGGGAGAUUGCUUACUGCUUGCCAAAGAGGCAUGAAAGAGAGAGAAAUGAAAAGUAAGAGCAUAAGAGAAAGUAGCGAAAGUAUGCUUUCUUUGCGUGAGAUGAAUACAGAACUGGAUUUAAACAGUUGUCUUACUGAAAGCAAUAUGCCAGUUGCUGAUGCCAACAUCGAACAAGUAUUAAGUCAUUUUCCUGAAGAAGUUAGUAUGCAUACAGAAAACGAUAAUCAACUUUUUGAACCUUCAGAAGAAUCCAAUGGCAGCUUCAUGUAUCCACCAGAAGUCGAUGAUCUUCCACUUGGAUGUGAUUACACAGAUUUUGUGUUUCAAAGAAAUCAAGAUGAGUCUAUGUUUCAGAGGAAUUCUUCCGAUCUCUUUCCAAGACAAGAUAAUAGUUACUUUAAUGCUAAUGUUAGCAUUAAUAAUUCUGAUGUUAGUCAAGACUUUACAAAUCAUGAAAAGAAUACAAGCAUCUCGACUGAAUACCUACCAAAAAUUAUACAAGGAAAACAAGAGAGUCAACAACAAAACCAGUACUAUCAAUUACCAAGCUGUCCCACAAAGAAAACUUUAGAUGAGGUGCAACAUCUUGAUCGAAAUAACAACAACAUGGAAGCACCACAUUGUUCUGGUGAAAACAAUUUAGAUUUACUGGUUGAGGUCACACAAUCAAUAAACACCAGAGAUUCAGUAACAGAGGACAAACAGAACAAGAAAGUUGAUCUUUCAACAUCAAAUGAUUAUGAAAAAAUACUAUCUCAUGCAUGUUUGAUUCCCGAAACACCGAACAAAAUAUUGGGAGAUGCAUCACAAAAACUGAGUAAUCUUCUACCCAACCCUGAAGCUACUCCUGUAACAAAACAUACAAAACAGAAAUCAAUCAUACAUACACCUGAAGUAAGAAAAGCUAUGAUGAAUCCUGAAGUAAAUAAAAUGGAAAGUGUUAAUGAAGUCAUUUUAAAUCACAGCGAAUGUGAUUCAAAAUCAGAAGAUCGUAAACGAAGUGAAUGCUGCGUUUCUUUAACCUCAAAAAACGAUUUGACUAGAUCAGUGACAACUAUUACAAAGUCUAUCAAUAUUUCAGGAGAUUCUGUCCCCGAGUCGAAGAAUCCACUACAUGGCACUUCAACUGUAAGAAAACAUACCAAAAAGAAGUCAAUACAUACACCUGAAGCAAGAACUGCUUUGAAACGUCCUGAAGUGAAUAAAAUGGAAAGUGUUGAUGAAGUCAUUUUGAAUCACAGCGAAAAUGAUUCAAAAUCAGAAGAUGGUAAACAAAGUAAAGGCUGCGAUUCUUUAACUUCAAAAAACGAUUUAACUAGAUCAGCGACAUCUAUUACAAACUCAAUGGCUAUUUCAGAUGACCUGUUGGAUGGACGACUCACUGAAACGGAAAGCGAACAGGAAAGGAAAGAUGAAAUUGCGUCAACUCAGAAAACCUCUUGUGUAAGAAAGAAAGGUAAAUUAAAAUGGAGUCCCAGGAUUUCGUAUACACCUUCUAAAAAGUCUCCAUCAAAAACACAAGAAAAAGAGAUGGAUAUAAAGAAAGUUGAAAGCUCUUCAGUACCAAAAAGGGUUAAAGACCAAACUAAAAAUAUAUCAAGGACGCCAGAAAUACAAAACAUAAAGGUGUUUUGCACCCCUGUGGUGAAGACCAGAUCAGUUUCAAGAAAUGAAAAGAACAUGCAUCCUGAAAGUGAUAAAAUGGAGAAGUCGCGUAAUGUUCAAAUAAAAACACAAGUAAAGAAUUCCUCAAAAAGCAAAGGGCUUAAUUCACCCAGUUUGAUUGUUAAGGAAUGCUUUGUUGUUCUAUGUGCAAGAGAUGUCGAGGAAGCGUUAAAAAGAUUAAAAUCAAAAGCCCGUACUCGGAACGUCUUCAUGGAAAAGAAUGCAAGUAGUGAACUAAUUGCGCGUCCAGAACUGCCAUGUAAUACUUUGCCUGAUAGUACAAAAACAAAUGCUACAUCAAAGAAAGAAACAUCUGAGCAAGUGAGAAAUCCAAAGCAUGUUAUAAAUUCGUCGAAAAGCAGUCCGUGUGAUACCAUGUUGUCAGUUCGUUCAAAGAAAGGGGAAAGAUUGAAACAAAUUCUGGAACGACUCAAAAGACGAUCUUUCGAUUCCAACAAUGCGAAACCUGUACAAAGAAAAGUAAAAAUCAAGAAAGAAAAAGAAAACAUAAUUUUGAUUUCUAAAGAAGACAUCAAGGAAGAGGAGAUUUCGUAUCCUGAGGAAGCUGUGAGUUCGUUAAGUUUGUUUUACCAAAGUAACGAGAGCAAAUCCAGACGAGUAAAGAGGCAAAGAUGGUCAGCUUAUCCGUGUCCCUGUAAAGAAAGUAAUACAAAGUUAAAACUCCAGACUAGUAUAAAACAAGAACCGGACUGGGUAUAUGAUAACGAGGUAAGUUUUAAACCCCCAAACUUACAAACAUUUGAAGACUUGUUGACUGACCAAAGUUUCACAAUAAAACAAAUGGAUUUUGGAAACCGUUCAAGUCGAAAAAGAAGAGGAAGUUAUGCGAACAAAUCCAGAGGUCAAGAAAAACGCACAAAGAAAAAAUAAUGAUAUUUAAGAGAGAAUUUGCUGAUCCAGGUGUUGUAAUAAAUUAUACGACUCCUCGAACGAAACUUUUCUCGCCACUUUUUCGCCAUUUUUCUGAUUGUGUGCUAUGAUAGCUCCGUGUGAUAACGUCUUGUUUUUCAAGACUUUUAACUUUAAAAUUAAUUUUGAUGUGAAAAUAUUUUUAUGCUUAUCUUCAAUUAUUUUAUGUAUAUUUUGUUAAUAACAACAUUACAGGGAAA